ACUCGGUAGGAAGAUCUAUUAUGUAUGAGAUUUUUUUUCGUGAUACAGGUCGAAAUGCAGAUACUGCAUUUCGCUUUCAUUGCAGCAGGAAUAUAUUUUGUCUCUGCUGAGUUGAAUUUAGAUGAUCCAAUCUGUGGUCCACCACUGGAAGUCGAGCAUUCCCAACCAAACGUGACCAAAGAUGACCAUCCGGUGGGUUCAGAGAUUUCCUACAUUUGCGAUUUUGGGUAUCUUACGGAAGGAAAUCUAAAGUCUUCUCGAUGCGUUCUGGUGGAAAACGAGCAGCGGGCUGAGUGGACUGAGCCUAAAAUUACAUGCAUGCCUCGAUCAUGCGGUGAUCCCGGAUUCGUUCCUAAUGCACAACAAAUUGGCUUUCUUUUCACUUUCCCCCACGAAGUUCAAUUCCAGUGCGAUGAAGGCUACAAACUGAUUGGCCCAGACAAGAGGUUUUGCCUGGCUAGUGGGCAGUGGAGUGGGAAAUUGCCAUAUUGCCAACGAAUUAACUGCAACCGUCCAAAAGAUCCCGAAAAUGGCCAAGCCGUGUAUUCCUCCUUAGAAUAUGGAUCUGUUUUACGUUAUACAUGCGACAAAGGUUACAUUCUUUCGAACAAGGAACCCAGAACUUGCUCUGAAGAUGGAACUUGGACCGGGUCCGAGGGGGCAUGCAAUGAGGGUCGAUGUGACUUUCCUCAGGCUCCUGCUUUCGGCUCCGUGGAGCUAUUGGGUGCGGAGCCUAAAAUCGGCAGCAUCGCCGUCUAUUCCUGUGACCCUGGACGCACUUUGAAUGGAGCAGAGAAGGCAAAAUGUCAGGAGACGGGGGAGUGGAAUGUCGAUGCACCCGAAUGCCUAGAACCAUGUAAAGCCCUUCAAGUUGACCAUGGUAGAAUCGGUAGAUACGUGCCUAGACGUAGAUACUCAAAUCAGCUAAUAUUUGAAAAGAUAGCCAUCGGAACGCUUUUAAAAGAUGGAGAAAAACUGUUUCUUCAUUGUGACUCAGGGUACGAUCCGGCAGGCACAACAGACUGGCAGAAAAUGUUUAUUUGCAGAGAAGGACGGUGGUCCGACGAUCCACGUUGCGAACCAGCUGCAUGUCGUGUGACGCCCCCUGGAACGAGAAACACAGCGGUGGUCAGCAUCAACGAAACGCAUGGUGGCAAAGUCACCUACAUGUGUAAGGAAGAUUUCGAGGAAGCGAAACCAGGAAACGUGUACUGUCAUCUGGGUGAAUGGAAAGGAAGUCCUCCAGCUUGCAGAGACACCCGGUGCUACCUGAAGGAACUGAGCUUCACCGGUCUGCUAAAAAGUGAACGAGUCUACCUUCGUUCUGGAGAGACGUUUGAGCCUGAAUGCGCUGUUGGAUUCAAUCUUGCUCGAGCAGAGAAUCAUUUAGUGACAUGCACCGGUGGAAAAUGGCAGGGACACUUUCCACCGUGUGUUGUUGCGCCCUGCUUACAGCAGCCCCCUUUGACUCCUCACGGUUCGGUCUCGAACCCGAAGCCUUCUUACUUACACAGCAGUCGACCGGUGUACGAGUGCGACGAAUUCUAUUUCGAGAAAGUGCCGUCGACCGUGCAAUGCCUGUACGGGAAUUGGACAGGAAGUCCUCCAAGCUGCUUGGAUAGUAGCUGUUACAUAGAAAAUCUCAGAGAGAAAACAGGUGUUGACACGUCGACAGUUACAGUCACUCGAUCGAGAGAACGCAUAGUGGUUUGGUGCUUGGAUGGGUACAGAAUAAAGAGCAAUGCACCUAUCUGCAUAAACGGGGAAUGGAAAGAGGCUCAAUCUUCUCCAUGCAAAGAAAGUCCUUGUUUUGCUGAGACAGUAAGUAAUGGCGCCUUAACCGAACAAGAAGUUGUCAGGGGUUUCCUCGGAUGGUCCAGUAAGGUGGUUUUCAAAAAAAUGAUGAUCGGCAGUCCUCAACGAAAACCAGUGUUUCUGACUUGCGACAAAGGAUAUGGAUUUCGUGGCCAUCAAAGGGCAAAUAACAUCCCGUUGCAAUGCCUUAAAGGAAAAUGGCAUCCGCAACCUGUAUGUCUUACAAUUGGCUCAAAAUAUGAAGAACCUACGACGCAGACUUUUCCAUCUAUCAGCGGCAGAAAACUGUCCACCUCCUCGGUUUUACGAAGUAUCAUGACAACCAGCACAACUUCAAAGCCAACAUCCGUCUUCCAGGACACAGAUUCCGAAAACAAGGAUUUAGUCACAGCUCCCAGCUGCUUUUGUGAGUAUCCGCUUGAGGACAAGGAUGUGGUAGCCCAUGCCGAAGACCAGCUACUGAAGUUUGGGAGUCUGGUGAGAAAAGGCAGUACGGUGUACUUCCACUGUCUAAAUGUUGGAUACUCCCGGCUUGUCGGUCCUACGAAGAUAAUUUGUGAAGAUUGUGGAAAGUGGGAGGCGACGUCCCUGCCGUUUUGUCAAGAUCCAAAGUCGGGAGACACUGAGAUUGCAUUUGCCAGAAAUGUGCGAGUCACCCCUGAGGGCUACUUACAAAUUCAGAAAGGGGAUAGCGUGAGGUUUCAUUGCUUACCUCAUGGUGUUGCAGAAUAUCCCGUUUGGUCUGGUCCCAAAGGCGUCAGAGUAAGCGUUUUCAAUCAAGAGGUUUUGGUGAACGGAUUAUCUGUCCCUUCAACAAACUUGGACGUCCUGAAUGCAAGUGCCGAACACGAGGGCACGUAUUCCUGCAGAAUCAAGCGAUUUCAGCCAAACAACGUUACUCUUAUCGUGACAGAUCUUGUAGGUAAUACGCUGAAUUCAUCAGAAAUAAACUGUGCCAAACUGGAAGAAGACGAGCUUUUAAGAAUAACGUACUCUUUGGGACUAUCGGUAAGCAGCAGGGCGGCGUUCCAUUGCAUCACAGGAGCCAUCAGGAAGGGCGCAAGCUACGCCCUCUGUCAACCCAAUGGAACGUGGUCACAAGCAUUGCCCACUUGCGAAAUCAUGGCCCAGCAAAAUAUUGCAAUGCAGCACUGCUCUUUGGAUGACUUGCAGCGAGCACUUCCUCAAGGAGCCAAUCACACAGCCGUCAAUGACACUCUACCUGCCGGCUACUCGACGCUGAUCACGUGUGAAGACAACUUGUUACUCUCUGGAAGACCUGAAGCCACUUGCUUGAAGAAUGGAACUUGGGACUUUGACGAUGUAGAAUGUAUUUCUGGCUGUGCUCUUUUGGAUAUACCACAAGAUUCAAAGAUCAUCAUAGAUCCUACGCAAGAAAACUACGAGGUCGGAGAUUUAGUGACUUUCGACUGUCCAGCAGGACAUGUGCUUACACCCAAUAUUGAACUAAUGAUGUGUUUAGAAAAAGGUUGGUCAAAUAUUAACAUACCGGAAUGUAAAAUCUCGUAAUAAUUUUACAUGUAUAUAAUAAAUGUACAA